AUGGAACGGCAAGAUCUUCGCAAGUUUCCUCGUGGUGAGAGAUGCCCAGAAUGUGGUGCCCGAAAAUGGUACUUGGAGUAUGGUCUGCGCUUCUGCUCCAAUGGACAUCAAGUUGAGGGUUUCAUUCAAUUUGAUAUAGGCGACGAGGUAGAUGCAGGAAAUCUCGGUACCAAGGCCAGAAAAGAAAAGGAGAUCAAAGAGAAGGAGUUGCGACAUCUCACUGGCCAGGCAGGAAGAAACCUCUUUCUUGAGUGCCUACAACUAGUUCUGAGGAACCAGCUUCUAUGGCUCAUAAAGAGCAAAGGCCAUCGGGAAGAGCUUGAGACUGUGGUUCGAGACCUUUGGGAUCUCCGUACUCGCGGCGGCGGUCUUGCCGUGGAUGAGGAAACACAACAAGAAACAGGACAAGAUGAAGGCCUAGCAAUGUUCAGCUCCCAGCCUACAGUGGAUGAGAAGAGCCAAGAUAAAACGCGAAAAACACAGACAACUAAAGCCCAGAGCUGGAAUCCAGAGGAGACUUCGCAGUGGCCAAUGCCUAACCUGAACGAUACACUGGCUUUGUGCUAUCUUGGAUGCUUGCUGCUCAGAAUACCUACAACCAUUGGAGAGUUGUGUCUCUGGGCCAAUACCGAACGAAUACCGUACAAGCGAUCGUAUUACGACCUGCCACAAGAGAUGCAGGAUCGUUUGCCGUCUGCUUACACGAGAGCGCUCAAAAUACCCCUUCGCUCCUCUCUCAAGGGCAUCGACUUGCAUAAUGCAGUGCUAGAUCUCGCACUGUCAUACAAUUACAAUUACGGAAUGAUGUUCCCUGCUAUCAACCAGACGCCGACUUUGGUUCACUUUGUCAGGCAGCUCGCUUUGCCCAUUGAAGCCCUGGUCACAGCCAAGAGUAUACUAUCGGUGAUGCAAUUCUCUUUCCAGUUACCUAUCGAGCAGUCACGGCGAUUCUAUGUUGACUAUCCUGAGAUUCUCCUUAUCUCUGCUAUUCUCGUUGCCGCAAAGCUGUGUUUCCCACUAGGACGUCACGCUCCGUUGCUCCAAGUCGCCGAUACUGAGCAGGUUAUCGGAUUUGACUGGACAAAAUGGAAAAAAGGCAUCCAGCAGUUGACAGAUGUAUCACAGGUUCCCGAACAGGAGCCUAGCUUUGACAAGGUCACAGUAGGCGAAGUAACGUCCAUGACAGUGGAGGAGCUUAACCAGUACUUUACUCACGUUAUGAGCACGAUUGAUAGGAAGAACGAUUCGGCAAUCACAAGAUUCUUCCCGUCAGAAAGUGCUCCGCCUCCUAGAGCCCCUCUUGAAGAGAGUACUGAGAAGGAUAACGAUCAUAAAAUGCGACAGAUCCUUGGCCGAGCCAUUACAGUCAAUGGAGAGGAUGGAUCUGAAAAAGAAGAUGAUGCUUCACUGGAGCCAAAUUAUGAGGCAUUCCGCGCAGUAGAAGACUUGACUGAGACAGCGCAGGCGUUGUAUCGGACUGCUGUGCAGAUUUUCGUGAAGACCCUGACGGGCAAGACCAUCACCCUCGAGGUCGAGUCCUCGGACACCAUCGACAAUGUCAAGUCCAAGAUCCAGGACAAGGAGGGCAUCCCCCCGGACCAACAGCGACUGAUCUUCGCUGGUAAGCAGCUCGAGGAUGGCCGAACUCUCUCCGACUACAACAUCCAGAAGGAGUCCACUCUCCACCUGGUCCUCCGUCUCCGUGGUGGUAUCAUUGAGCCUUCGCUCAAGGCUCUUGCCUCCAAGUUCAACUGCGACAAGAUGAUCUGCCGCAAGUGCUACGCUCGUCUCCCUCCUCGUGCCACCAACUGCCGCAAGCGCAAGUGUGGUCACACUAACCAGCUCCGACCCAAGAAGAAGCUCAAAUAA